AUGGCAAAUUUUGAUGAAAUGGCAAUGUUAUUUACAAUCGAUAAUGUUUAUGAGCAUGAACACGCAAUGGAUGUACGACAAACACGAAUCCCUGAGAUGAUUUCGGAUCCAUUUCUUCUAACAGACCGAUUAUUUAUAAAAAAUUUCAGACUUUCUAAAAAUCUUGUUAGAAAUGUAAUUGAACUUUUACAAACGCGUAUAGUUUCAAAAAGCCGUUCUUCUGCAAUUGACUUAAAUACAAAAGUCUUAGUUACAUUAAACUUUUUGGCUACUGGCUCAUACCAGUCUCCAAUUGGAAAUAGUCGGUUUGCAGCUUUAUCACAACCAACUGUAUCACGUUGUAUUAGCGAGGUUGUUGAAGCAAUUAACCAUCCAGAGAUAUUCAACGAAUGGGUUAAGUUUCCAAAAAACCUGAAUGAGCUCACAGAAAUCCGCAAUGAGUUCUACAGAGAAACAGGAUUUCCAGGAGUUAUAGGAUGUAUUGAUUGCACACACGUGGCAAUUGUAUCUCCUUCGACCAACCUAAAUUUAAACGAAAAUCAAAACCCUGAAUAUAUCUAUGUAAACCGUGAUUCUGGAUAUCCCUUGCGACAGUGGUUGUUGACACCUAUAACCAAUCCUACAACAGAUGCUGAAAAAUUGUUCAAUACAAAACAAAUGUCAACCAGAUCUAUUAUUGAACGUUGCAAUGGGGUGUUGAAAAUGAGAUUUAGGUGCUUAUUAAAGGAUAGAAUACUACAUUACAAACCGGAAAAAGCAUCAUCCAUAAUAAAUGCGUGUGUAGUUCUGCAUAAUAUGUGUAUCACAAACAACGUCCCUAUGACAUAUGAACACGAUAUCGAGGAACAUGAAAUUUUGGGUAUUCUGGAAGACCAAGAAAUAUUAGCGGAUAACAAUCGCAAUAUAGAGUUGACUCUUGGGAGACAACAGCGAGAUAAAGUAGCAAGAUAUUAUUUCAUAGACAUGGUGUAUAAAAUAAAGUAA